AUGCCUGGCAAAAUCAUCUCCGUAACCUCGUCCUCGCACUUCUCACAGCUGCUGUCGCAAAGCACCUACACAGUCGUCGACUUCUACGCCGACUGGUGCGGGCCAUGUAAAGCAAUCGCGCCCGUCUUCCAGAGCCUCGCCGAGAAGGAGACGAAGCCCGGAAAGCUGCAGUUUGUCAAGGUCGAUGUAGAUUCGCAGCAAGAAGUCGCGAAGAAGUACGGCGUAUCUGCCAUGCCGACUUUCCUCGUAAUCAAAUCCUCCUCCGCCGUCGUCGACACCAUCCGUGGCGCGAACCCCGCCGCCCUCACAGCCGCCGUGCGCAAGGCCGCGGGCGACGCUUCUGGUGCUGGCCCGGCAUCUGCGGUUUUCUCGACGAAAGGUCGUACCUUGGGAUCUGCAGAUGCGCCCAGUAGGCCGGUCGGCGAGAGCCCUUUUGCUGGCUUACAGAGGAUGAUCAUGGGCAAUGGCGGGCUGAGCGAUGUCAUCGUAAGGUUUGUCGCACUCUACGUCAUCAGCCUCUUUGCGUUCAAUGGAUACAAGGCAGCGGAAGAGAGUGGGUUCAAUGUCAAGGCGAGGUAG